GGCUGGCGAAGUCUUGUAAGUCGGAGUUGGAUUGUGAUCUCAUCAUUUCCCACCGCUGUUCUUUAUUGGCAUUGGCAAAGAGGCAAGGGGAGAGACAACUCUUCGCAUACAUACUACAGUACAUCAAUAGCAGUGGUGUCUACAUGACGAAAAUCUCUCACUAAUCUAUCUAAUUUGGGCCAAAGGCAAUUCAAAUAAUUCAUUAUACCCAUUGACUUUGGUAUAUCGAUCAACUCUGACCGUUUGCCAUCAAGAUCAAACCCUGUAUACAUAGAACGUUUGAGGCUAUUAUCAUCAUCGGAUUUCUCUCCCUCCCCGGGAAGCCCUGACAAAGCGGUUUCUUCCUUUAUUAUAAAGCCAUUCACGCAAUGCCCUUUUCGAAUCUCAAUCGACGACGCCCCAUGGCGCUGGCGGCAGCAUUGCUGGCCAUGAUGGCUCCAACGGUAGUCGCACAAGUGCAUUGCAAUAUGUGUGCCAAUGGAGCUCACAUGACUUGGCCCUUGGCAGUCUUGACUCCUCAAGGAACCACUUGUGCAGAAAUGUCAACCAGAAUGGGCGGAUCCACAGGAAAUGUUUGUCGAGAGCAGCAAUCCUUUUGGAGAACUCCCUGCUGUGGCCCCAACAAGCCACGAGACGUGCGAGUCGCUCCUACCCCAGCUCCCGUGGUUCCAGGUGCUGGUUCAGGGCCACACCCGAGAUGUGAUAUCUGCAUUGGUGGUGGUUUCCCAGGCAAUCCUGCUAUGGUUAUCAACAUGCUUUAUCUUAAUGUCGGCGAUUGUGGACAAUACUAUAACACUGGUCGACAAGGCAAUCUACCCGAGCAUUUGUGUCAAGCAUUGCAGUACUUUGCCUAUGAGCCUUGUGGCUGUGGUGCUCAACAAGCACCACCCGGACCUGGUCCUUCUCCUGGCGGUGGGAAUGGAGGAGGUAAUGGAGGCGGCAACUCUCCCGACAAGAAGACUCCGGAUGGAGAUGGAAAGGAGAACCUGAAGCUAUCCAAUUCUCGCGGUGGUGCCGGUGGCAGGUAUGCUGGAGUAAGGCGUGGCCUCAAAGGAAAAAUCCGAGCCAAACCUAUCGUGGAUGAUGCAACAACCGUUGUCACAAUAGAAGCAUAGAGACAGGCUACUCACUUUUGGAGAGUACGUAGCCUUUUGUCGAUUGAAUGAUGAAUCAUCCCGUGCGAUUUCACCCGCUUUAGACAACUCGCCCCCAUCACCACCAUGGCAAUAGCAGACAAGAGGAAAGGUGUUUUGAGUUUUGUAGACUACUAGAGUAACACAUAAUGAUGUUGAGGUCAUAUUUUACGCAUGUGUGUGGCAACUCUGUAAGCUAAUACCUAAUACAGUACUGAGCAGAAUCUUUUGGGGGUGU